AUGGCAGAUUAUGAGUCUUGGAAUUCUCGGUUUCAUUGCUUGAGCAAUUAUGAUAUUGAAAAGCAAUUUCAAAGUGCUUACACAAAUGUGAAAUUUAGAGAAUUUCAAGAUGAGUUGAGGGACAAAUUUUAUUGUCAACCUUUUCUCGUUAAGAUUGAAAAUUCUGUAUAUGAGUACAAAGUUGAAGAAGAUGUAAAAGUUGACGACAUCAGGAAAGAUGUGACUUUUACCGUACACUUUGAUGAAUGUACUCAUGAAGUUAAAUGUGUCUGCCGUUUGUUUGAGUUUAGAGGAAUUCUUUGUAGACAUAUCAUGUCUGUGCUAAUUGCAAGAAGAAUAAAUGAAGUUCAUCCUCGUUAUAUUUUGCAUCGAUGGAGAAAGGACCUAAAACGAAGAUAUACGUUGGUGAGAAUUGGAUAUAAUCCUUUGAGCCAACAAAUACAGCGAUGUGAAAAAAUAUGCAAGGCAUUUCACGAGGUUGCUGUAAUUGCUGCGGAUGAUGAAGAAAAGUAUGAGUUGGUGAUGAAAUGCAUACGAGAAUUAAAGUUAAAGUUUACCAGCGAUGAAUUAAAUCAGAAGGAAACAACUCAAGCAUUUUCUUCACAACCUCAAAAUUAUGUUGAGCAACGAAAAGUGUUAGGUGGAGCAAAUAAAGUUUUGAGUCCUGUGGUUAAUCGAGGGAAAGGGCGCCCUGCUACUAAAAGAAAAAUUUCCCGAUUGGAAGUCGUGGUUCAAAAGCUUAAAAAAAAGAAUCAAAACAAGAAGCUUAAGGAGACUGCAACAAAGAACUUGAAAUGCACAAAGGCGCAUAUGAAAACAUUGGAAGCCAGUAGCAUAUGCGAUCCAACUGCUUUUAAAGCUACAUCUGACAAUCUUGAGGUAAAUCAAGUUUCGAAUUUUGGAAGAUAUUACAUGCCAAGGCCACCCGAUCCAUGCAUUUAUCCCCAUUCAAUUCAACUUCAAGAAAAGGUUAUUCCAGAUUCGACUUUUGGAGCGUACUGCAUCCCACGGCCACCCGCUUCACCCAUUUAUCCUGAAAGUAGUUCGAUUCGACUUCAAGAAAACGUGAACUUUCAUUAA